CGUCACAGCAACCCGGAAGUGCCGGGUUCACAAGGACAGCUGAAGAAACGGCGUGUUUUCCAGACUUAUGAGAGGUGGCAUGUCGGGGGCGGCGGUGCUGAGGGGUCUCCCGGCCCUUAUCCCCCGGACACUCGCCGUGGCCUCCGGCAGGUGCUCGGCCCCGGUCGCGUCCUCCGUCCUGCCGCCGGCUCCAUGUGUAUUGUCCCUCCCCUGGACGGCUUCUUCCGUCAGGACGCUGCAGCUGUGCCCCGCGUUAUGUGCGGGACACAACAAGUGGUCAAAGGUGAAAAACAUUAAAGGACCCAAAGAUGAGGCGAGGGGAAGGAUGUUCAUGAAGUUUGGCUUGCUGAUAAGGAUCGCGGUGAAAGAGGGUGGAUCUAACCCAGAGCUGAAUUUAAACUUAGCACACAUACUGGAGCAGUGCAGGAGCAAAAACAUGCCCAAAGCAUCCAUAGAAACUGCAAUCAAGGGUGCGGAAAAGGCCAAACCCGCGUCCCAGCAUAUGUUUGAAGCUCGGGGACCUGGUGGAUGUCUGCUGCUCAUCGAGGUCCUCACAGACAGCAACAGCCGCACCCUCCAUGAAAUCAAACGUCUGCUUAACAAGAAUGGAGGGAUGCUGUCAGAUGGAGUCCGACACAGCUUCACCAGGAGGGGGGUGGUGGCAAUGGCGGGCAAGACCAUCUCAACCGAGAGAGCUCUGGAGCUGGCCAUUGAGGUGGGAGCGGAAGAUGUCCAAGAGACGGAGGAUGAGGAUGACCAGCCCCUCCUGCAGUUUAUUUGUAACACGACGGACCUGAGCAAGGUGCGGGCCUCAUUGGAGGAGCUGGGAAUGCAGAUCAUGUCUUCUGGGCUGGAGUUUGUCCCCAGCACUCUCUCGUCUCUGGACCGGGACCAGCUGGAUGCUGCUUCAACACUAAUAGAAGCUCUCAAUGACUGUCCAGAUGUAGUCCGAGUGUGGGACAAUAUCCAAGCCGACAGCUGAGGACGAUCUCUGGACACUUGGUGGACACUGAAUAGCUUGCAUGUGGAACAUUUAAUUUCAGAGGGGAAGCUUAUGACAGCCUUGUGCAUCAGUUGGUACUGAUACUACUGCUUGAUAUGUCAUUAUAAGAAAAUAGACAUUACCAGUAUGAGUUGUUUUUGCCAUGUUGAUACUGUCUACAUCGGGAAAAACUGUCCUUGUUAGGAUGUAAAGUGAUGUUUCACCUUAAAUGUUUUCUAUGGUCAGACUGCACUUUUCUACAGAAGUUCAUUAGCCGCCAAUCUUGAACUAUCAAAAGGAAAGAAAAGAAAAUUUCACUUGUACUAGUCGAGGAAGGAAACUGUAAAUGUUUUAACAAGGUUCAAGUUAAAAAUUUAAAGAUCCCCCUCCAGAGAUGAUGAUUCACAUAUAAAAAUUAUCUGCCGGAAUAAUA